AUGACACGUGGCCUGUUGGGUACGAAUCCAUAUUUGGAUGCAAACAAGCAGAAAAGCCAACUAUUGACCCAGCUCAACUAUGAUAACAAAGAUGAAGAGGAUUCUCAAUUCAAACCGCUGAGUUUCAAAUCAACAAGGAACCACAGAAUAAACUUUGAGCGUCUCAAUAACAAGGAUAAGGUAUUGGACGAAAUCAAGGACGAUAAAGAUGAGGUCGGAUUUGAUUCAAGUAAAUGGGCAGAUUGCACAAUUACGUUAAAUGUUGACUAUAUAUGUGGGAAAGUGUCUUUUUUUUCAGGGGAAAAUGCUGUGCACACGCAUGUUGCCAGCGGGAGAAGUCAAAAAAUCAGUCUGAACUAUUAUGAAGAGGAAGAGGACACGGAAUUGGACCAAGCAGAAAAGUUUAAGACGCCGUUUAAGACCAAGGGAAUAGUAUUCAAAAAAAGAAGAAAGACGCGCAAAAGUCUGGGCAGAACUGUGAUGCCAGCGGCUUCCGAAUUCAGGUUUAUACCGUAUCCGGAGAGGAAAGCGUUUUCCUUAAAGCCAGCUGGUAAUAGCACAGAAAAUGAUAAGAAAGAGGAAUUUGUACAUUUUAGGAUCCCGGAAAGCGAGUGCAGGAAACUCGCAAAGGCGGACUUCGAGUUUCUCCUGAAGAACUUUGCAGUUUUACCUCUGCCGAAAUAUAUCGAUCCCAUCGAUUUGUACUUUUUCAUCCAGCAUGGAAUCCACUUUGGAGGUUGUGACCAGUGGGAGGAAGAAGGCGGUGCAGAGUUGGAGUCUGUGUGCAUUUCAACGAUGAGAAACCUCAAAAAUGCAAGGUUCGUGGAUGGGGAUGAGGAAGUCAAGACGGUGAAUCCAUUUGCUGGUCGCACAAGGCGGAAAAUCGUCGAUAUACGUAUUCCAGGAUGGUUAAAGAGGCGUUUGAGAUGA